GAUAAUGAGGAAUUUGUUACUGACGAUUAUGAAGAACUUGUCACUGAUGAUAAUGAAAAUGAAUUAAUAGAAGAAUUGCAAGCAGAUAUUGAAGCACUUCACCUUCGAAAUAUAAUGGAUCUCAAUAAUUAUAUCAACUAUUCAGAUAAAAAUGACACAAAUAAAGUAUUGAACGAUCAAGAAAUUGUAGACCUAGUCACUAAUGUGGAACCUGAGGUAAAUGAAAGUGAUAAGAAUGAGGAGGAUGAUAAUAGCGUAGAAAUACGCCAGAUUAUUCACAAUAAAGCACUAAACGCCAUAAGAUUGCUUGAACAAUAUCUUUUUCAGCAGGAUUUUGGUGACAUAGCCCGAACAGAACAUGAUGGGGCUUUAUCAAAGCUGCAGAAAGCA